AUGUAUGCUUCUUGGACCACAGAAGAGUUUGCAUUAGGGACUAUAAAUGGGGAUGCAAUGACAGAUGUGAUGGAGGAUUCUGUGACUGAUUUUGUGUUUGGGUGCACAAAAAAAUCGACCCAUUUGCCUAUUGGAAUGUACAAUGACUUGAGCUACACGCCAUUGGUGAAAGGCCCGGGCAUGCCUAAUUUCUAUGGAUAUAGAUAUGUGAAUCUUGAAGAAAUUGUUGUUGGGAUCAAUAGGAGUACUAAGAUUCCACAUGAAGAUCGAAACCAGGAUCUGAUGGGAAUGCUGGGACAUCGACACCGGCAUGCCGGAUUUACUUACGUGGACAACUCCAUCUUCGGACAAGUGGCAGACGAGUUUGUGAAUCAAAUGGGGUGA